AUGUUUAAGGAAACAUAUAUAAUGCCCUCAGCAUACACUGCUAUGCAAAAUGUUGAUAUAAAGAGUUUCAUAAAAUUAAAUGAAAAUGAAGUCAGUCCAUUUUUAGCAAAUUUAGUUCGUAUGAGUUUACUACCUGUGCCAGUAGAGAUUUUAACACAAAGAGUUUAUGAGCAGCGAAAGGAAAUCAUUUAUGUAUUAAAUAGAUUUGAUUCUGCAAAUAUGUUAGUUAAGCAUUGCAGUAUAGAUUUUGUAACCUUGGAACAAGAUGUUAAAAAAGAACAACAAUUGAGGCAAAAAUUAGGAAACUCAAGAAAAGAUUCUAUAUUAUUAGAAAAUGUGCAAGAUGUUACCACAGAGUUUGAACGUUGUGAUUCUGCUCGCAGAAUAAGAUUAGUUCUCUCUGAGAUAUUAUUUAUGCAAUCUCAAAUAUUGGAACAACAUAGUACGACAGAUUUCAUAAUAAAAGAAUCUGAACUUUUUGAUCAUGUUGUCUAUGUUGAUGAACUUUCAUAUAUGUUAACUAUAGCUAUUGAAGAACUUCCUUCUCUUGUUAAUAUCACAGAUAUAUCAGAAAUUCUCCUUCAUGUUCAAAAUGGACCUAGAAUAAUUUGCAACUUGGUUGCAAAUAAACCAAGCUCAUUCAUGGAAGUUGUAACACAUCUUAUAACAUUUGGGGAUCGUUUUGAUGAAGAUUCUGUUGGAGCUCGUACCAGAAUGUCUGCAUUAGCAGCAUUGUGUCGUAUGAAUCCUUCUCAAGCCCUAAGUGUGAGAGCCAAGUGUGUCGAAUUAUGUAGAAUGGCUUCAUUAACCAUUUGGAUUAGUGUUUGGGAUAAUACUGAGCAGGGCGAUAUGGUUACCUUCUUAUCUGGAUUACUUCUAGGCUUUGAUCAAUCAGCAAGAAAUUGGUUUUCACAAUUUAUAAGAUCAAGUCAGAAAAGAAAAGGAGAAUCAGCAAAUGCUGUUCAAAUGUUAAGAGAUGAUCUUCUUCGAAGAUUAAAAAAUAUUGUAUCACAAUCUGUGGAUUCACAUCUUCCUGAGUCUGUCGUAAGGCAUGCCACAUCUCUGCUUCGUUUGUAUUGCUCAUUGAGGAGCAUUGCAGGAAUUAAAUUUGGAGAUGAUGAGUUAAUCUUAUUAGUUAAAUUAGUGACAUCCAAACCCCCAGCUACACCUGUUGGAGUUCGUUUUGUUUCUCUGAGCUUGUGUAUGCUAAUUGCUUGUCCCAGCUUACUGUCACAAUCUAACCUGGAAGCAAAAGGAGUUGAAUGGGUACAAUGGUUACUAAAAGAGGAAGCAUAUUUUGAAAGUGCGAGUGGUUUAAGUGCAUCUUUUGGAGAAAUGUUACUUCUGAUGGCUAUUCACUUUCACAGUAACCAGCUACCUGCUAUAUGUGAAUUAGUUUGUGCAACACUUGGUAUGAAAGUGCCAUUAAGGCCAAAUAACAUGACGAGAUUGAAACAAAUUUUUACACAAGAUAUAUUUACUGAACAGGUAGUGGCUUCACAUGCAGUAAAAGUACCAGUAACGUCAAAUCUAAAUGCUAAUAUUACUGGAUAUCUUCCAAUACAUUGUAUUUACCAACUACUCAAAUCAAGAGUUUUUACCAAACAUAAAGUAUCAAUUAAGCAAUGGAUAUAUCGCCAGAUUUGUAAUUCUACUGCUCCUAUACAUCCAGUUUUACCAAAUUUAAUAGAAGCUUAUAUCAAUUCAAUUAUCAUACCAAAUACCAAAACAAAUUCAGAUCAUACACAUUCGCCAAUUACUGAAGAAGAAAUAAGAAGAAUUUUUCAAAAUUCUGUUUUUGGUACACAUUUUAAUGUGAAGAAAAUUAAUUCACAAUUAGAAAAGGUGAGCAAUGAUAAUCUGGAUACCAAGAAACCAACUUUAGCUUCACAGUUGCUUUUAUUAUAUUACUUAUUAUUAUAUGAGGAUACUAGAUUGAGUAAUACUGCAAAUAAUAUAACUAAUGGCAGAAAAGUUAAAAGCUAUAGUGCAGAAUUUUUAGCUGAGCUGCCUAUAAAAUAUUUAUUACUUAAAGCAGAGAAAGGUCAGGCACAAUAUGCUUGUUUAUUUGCACCACUUCUGAAAUUAGCGACAACACAUUUUCCACAUUUGUCUUUAGUGGAUGACUGGUUUCAAAAUAAUAAUUUUGUUUCAAGAAAAAUUACUAAACAUAUUCAAGUCACUGAAAAUAGCAUAAAAGAAGCUUUUUCAAGUUUGGAAAAUAAUCCAUAUGCACUAAUUAAGGUUUUGCAAAAGAUGUUGUUGCAAGAUCCGACUGAUAUAUGGACAUUUGCAGAAGUUUUUAUAAAGCAUAUUAAAUCUAUAUUACCUCAUAAUAUCCCUAGAAAAGUACAAGAACUUUAUAAAAGAAUUUGGAUGCAAUUGAAUACAGUUUUACCUAGAACUCUAUGGGUAAUGACUGUGAAUGCUCUCCAAAAUGAUAAUGCUUCUGCAAAAGAUGUAUUUCUUACCCAAGAAAAUAUUUUGGCAGACCCAUUGCAGGUAUUACGAUGUGACACUAGAGUUUUUCGUAAUGCACCUGUACUUGAAAUUGUAUUGAGGAUUUUGCAUUCAAGUUUAGCAGCAUCACGAAUACAAUUGAUGAGGCAUGUUUUGAACAAACCACUUACAGAAAAAGGUUUACAAUUAACUACUGAGUCAGAAAGAGAAGAAUUACGUAUCGCUUUAGUAGCAGCUCAGGAAAGUUUAGCUGUGCAAGUUUUGCUUGAAUCCUGUUUAGAAAAUGAAGAGGAUUCAAAAAUACCAGGUCAUAAAUGGGCUUUAAGGGAAAUCAGAAGCAUAAUAUGCUCUCAUUUACAUCAGGUUUUUAUUGCGGAUCCUUCAUUGGUGAAAUUAAUUCACUUUCAAGGCUAUCCUAAUGAAUUAUUAAGCAUGACUAUCCGUGGAAUACCGUCAAUACAUAUUUGCUUAGAUUUUGUACCAGAAUUAUUGAGCCAACCGUGCUUAGAGAAACAAGUUUUUGCAGUUGACUUAAUAUCAUAUCUUUCAUUACAAUAUGCUCUGCCUAAAACAAUGAGUAUAGCAAGGCUCUGUAUUAAUACCUUAUCCACAUUAUUAGGAGCUUUGUCAUCAGAUACAACAACUGGUUUGUUCCAGAGAGUUUUACCAUCGUUUGUUAGGAUUAGCGAAGCAUUUCCACCCUUAGUAGAUGAUAUUUUAUCUCUUUUAAUGCAGCUAGGACAAAUAGUGAAUUCUCAAUCUUCAUUGGAAAGAAUAUCGGGCGUCCAUCCUCAUAAUACAUUUAGCCCAAUGGCCAGAAUACAAUCACAAAGCUGUUUGCCCUAUGAUGACUUGAGUAAAGAAAUAGACAAGACUGUAACUCUUAUAUUUAAAAAGGCUUUAUUGAAACACCAAAUCAUGUCUAUUACCGAAUCAACAAAUGAUGAAGCCAAUGAAUCAAUGAAGUGCUCAUUAAGGCACAAUGCCAUGCAUUCAAAGAACAUAAAUGCAGAUGAAAUUUCAAAAUUAUAUGAGAAUGCAGAUUUAUUUGAAAAUAAUGAGAGUUCAAAUUCUUCUGUGAAUAUUAAUGAUGAUCAAGAUGCAUUGCAUAGUGUUUUUGAAUUAACUGGAUUAUUUUGUGAAACCAGUAAAAACUCUAGAAGUAUUCCUGAUAAUAUUUAUGAAGUAAUGAAAUAUUGUGAUAGUGAAUUAAUUGAUAAGCCAGGAGAGGAAGAAAUACUUAAGUUUGAUUUAUUACCAUCUGAAUUGUUGGACUAA